AUGGCAGCGCUAGCAACGUCGAAGCUCACCCUAAAAUACCCUCUUUUCUGCGCCGAAUACCUCGAUGAAAGUACCCUCCUCAUCGCAGGUGGUGGAGGGGAGUCGCGAAGUGGAGUCGGAAACGGCAUCCAUCUUGUAGAUACUUCCUCCGAAACCCCAAAACUUACGACUAGUCUCGACCUCCCCGGCAACGAAGACGCCGUAAUGUCCCUCACCAUCCUCCCUUCCAAAGCUGCUGUUCUGGCAGGUGUAAACCAAACAGCAUCAAUACUGUCCGCCGGUUCGAACGCUCAUUUCCGUACCUACUGGCUAUCCGACACGAAGACUGAGGUGAAGGAAAUCUCCGCCCGCGAGUAUUUCCGUCCAAAGGCGUGGGAUGACGUUUACCAACGGAUUACAAAAUCCUCGGCUUCCGGGAAAUACGCUGUAAUCGCUUCUUCGGUUCCGUUGGUUCGUGGGGAAGGAGUAUAUGGUGGAGAAGUCGUGGUGUUGUCUGUCGACGAAAAGGGAUUUGCGGUUUUUAUCGACAGGAUAAUUAACGAUUCGGAAAUUGUGGAUGUGGAUAUAAUACCUGCCACGGAUAGCGAUGAAAAGGAAAAGAAUAUCGAGUAUGUGGUGUACUCGACACCGUCGAGCGUUUAUAUCCGGAAAAUCACACCAAACGGACUUGAAGCCGAGAGACAGGUCUAUACACUGCCUGGAGGUCCAAAGGCUGGGUCAUCAACAAGAACAAAGCCACAGAUAAGAAGCAUCAAGCUGUUGACACCAAGCGUGUUCCUACUCCUUGUCAAUCUUCCAUUUAGAUCGGGCGUUGAGCUCCAACUGCUUUCAAUACCACAAGGUCAGCAAGCCACAGUGCUAGAAUCGCAUACUUACCACCCCGCAUUAGCAUUCCGGGCGGGUGUAUCUGCAGCGACAUCACUGGACAUUCUGGCCCUCCCCGAAAAGUCAAUAUCAUCAAGCUCAACAUCUCAGCAAUUGGUUCUCGGUAUCGCCUCAGCCGACCUUUCGGUAGUUGUCACCACCCUGGACAUAACUUGGCUAGAAUCUGGGGAAAGCAGUCGAAAGGUCCAAGACGCCAAGUUCCGACACUUCAAACAACUAGCAACUUCUCAUUCAUUCCCCGCUACAAAAGUUGCCUUUUCACCAUUAUCUGCAGAUAAAACCAAGAAAGAAAUACAACUAGCUUCCGUAUCUGCGUCGAACACCCUAGUAAUCCAUAAAUUCCUAAUGGCGGACGAGAAUUUCCUAUCGAGACCUUCAGUAUUCAGAGAUACCUUCCCGAUCCUUCUGUUUUCGCUCAUAUUUAUUGCACUAUUGGCAGUGGGAUUACAAUUGGUGUUCGAGUAUAGAGGUAACUUACCCAAGUUCGAUAUCAUGGAAGCUUGGGAAGAUAUAGUAGAGACAAUGAAAGGCGGUGCAAAACUUGGGGAGCAAGAGAUGCAGAAGGUAGAAAAGAUGGGACAGAAGUUGAAGCAAGAGUUGAAGGGUGCAGGUAGGGGUGUUAGGGAAGGGUUGAAGAAAGAAGUUGUACAGGGAGUUUUGGAAGGUAUUAUCGGGAUGGGUUAA